CCCGGGCUUCCAACUGGCCGCGGCCAACAGCCGCCGCCGCCGCCUCCAUUGGCCGCCGCCUAUAUAGGGGCGGCGGGCGGGUACCGACGUCGGGGCGAUGCGCCGCACCGGUGAGAAGAGCCGGGCGGGGCGGCGGGAGCCCUGCCCCGCUGCCCCCCGCAGCAGCGGCGGCCGGGCCGUGCUGGGGGUGCUGGCGGAGAACGGGCAGCAGCGGCCCGGCGGCCAGGGUGCUACUGUUAUCAGACGCUUCUCUGGCUCUGAAAACACCAUCCCUUCAUCUGGAAAAGAUGAAUUACCCAACCGCAUGGUCAAUGCUGCAUCAAAGCAAGGAUUUGCUAUCUACGUAGAUGAACCAGAACAGAAAGAAAACCACAGCUGCCAAGUGGCUGAAGAGCUGGAAUCAAGCCUGUGUGAACUGGAUACCAGUGCAAUGACAUCCAGUAUUCAACUACUGCUGGAUCUGAGUACAGGAUCUCCUAUGAUAGUGGACACAUCCUUCCAGUCCCAGCCCGAGGAUCACAUGGGAGAUGCCAUAACUCUGACUGUGGGAGAAUAUGCAGAAGAUAUUCAUCAGUACCUCCGAGAGGCUGAAGUAAGAUUCAGGCCCAAGCCCUACUACAUGAGGAAGCAACCAGAUAUCACAACAGGAAUGCGUGCCAUCUUGGUAGACUGGCUGGUGGAAGUCGGGGAAGAAUAUAAACUUCGGACAGAGACUUUAUACUUGGCGGUGAACUUCCUGGACAGGUUUCUUUCCUGCAUGUCUGUUCUCAGAGGGAAGCUGCAGCUUGUAGGAACAGCAGCAAUUCUUCUGGCUGCGAAAUAUGAAGAGAUCUACCCACCAGAAGUGGAUGAAUUUGUGUAUAUAACAGAUGACACCUACACAAAGAGGCAGCUGCUAAGAAUGGAACACCUGCUUCUGAAAGUGUUGGCUUUUGACCUAACAGCCCCAACCAUCAACCAGUUCCUCCUUCAGUAUAUUCAGAGGCAUGGAGUCUGUAUCAGGACAGAGAACUUUGCAAGGUAUCUUGCAGAGCUGAGUCUCCUUGAAGCUGAUCCUUUUCUGAAGUAUCUUCCUUCACAAACUGCUGCAGCAGCCUACUGUCUAGCAAACUAUACAGUGAACAGGUCUUUCUGGCCUGAAACACUUGCUGCAUUCACAGGAUAUUCAUUAAGUGAGAUAGUGCCUUGCCUGACUGAUCUGCAUAAAGCAUGCCUUGAUGCUCCCCAUUGCCAACUGCAAGCGAUUAAGGAGAAGUAUAAGCACUCAAAGUACCUGCAGGUGUCUCUUCUGGAGCCCCCAGCAGUUCUUCCUCUACAAUAAAGACCAUGGACCCUGGAAUUGAAGAUUACUUCCUUCCAAUCAGCAAAGCUGGUUUAACAUUUCAUAGAGCGCUGCAGGUCAUGUGUCUGUAACCAUAGUGAUCAGAAUGGUUUUUAGCCAGUAUUUUUUAAUUAGAUGCCUUUUUUAAAAAGGAUAUUAGACUAUAGUUCUUAAUAUAACUGACAGCACUUUUAAUAAAUGUCUUAUUACACCGUUCCUCUGCGAAUCUUCUGACUCCUGUUAAUAUCUGCAGUAACAGUAGAAAGGGUUGUAGUUUUUGUAAAAUCAUUG